UCAGUUCUAUUUUUUUCAGAAUAUAACAGAAUUUAAAACAAAAUGACUGGCAUUUCUAAGAUUUCUAAACGAAAGUCUAUAUAUAUUUUAAUCAUCUCAAACAUAUUUUUCUUUAUAAUUCCCCUUUACUUAAUUGUUAUCGGAAUUUGGAAACUGACAAGUUGCCCUUCCAACCAACUUCUACCACCAUUAAUGAUCAUUCUCGCCCUAUUGAUAAUAGCUGAUCGGUUGUUGUUCUGGUGGCGGCUCUACAAUGAAACUAAAUUCGAAAAGACCUUUCCAAGACCAUCUGCUGGAAGUAUGGAGCGGCUCAAAACAUGGGACAAGAAUCGAGCUUCAAGUUCGACCAGAUCUAUUCUGUGCCUAGUUUGGCUGGUCAGAGUGAUGUUGUUGGUAGCAGUCAUCACUGGCAUAAUAUGGACCUCCAAAGAAAUAUGGAUAAAUCAGUGCGACCCACUUAUCACAAUUUCUGUUUUAUUCUUUUGUGCAUUUUUCAUUUUAAUAUUUCUAUUUUGUAUUCUGGGAUCUAUUUAUGUCUUUAUGGCCAAGCUGUUCAGAAACAUUGAGCAAACUUAUGUGGCUUGUCUGAAUAGGCUUAUGAUAUUUGACGAAAAGUGAAAUGAAUAAAUUUUAUUGGUUGAAAA